AUGGAAAUUCCCUCUGAAGGCGAGACUGCUGUCGUUCCUGCAGCUGAGGCUGAAGAGCCAAGGAUCGACAAGUCUACGGUUUCCGACGAAGCGAUCAAAUUUCUCUUCAGCGUUGAACUUGGAGAGCUGCAGAAGUGUUUAUUCUCAGACUCUCUGGUGACAGUGUCCGAGGGCGGGAGAGAGCUGGGGGAGUUCACGGUGACGGUGGAGUUUGCCCUCCGAGGCCAGCAGCCCUGUUUGCUGCUGCGUGCCUCCAGCCAAGGAACCAUCGAUGACACACCGUGUGGAACAACAGUGACAGCCUACCUAUCGACGUAUCUGGAGACACUGGAGCUAGACUGUCAUGAGUUUCUCAAGCUUCAGCACCACAGAUUGCAAAGGAGAUGUCACAUGGUGCAACAAGACGGUCAGAUGAUUAUCAAUAAGGUUACCACUAUAGGGGAGCAGGAGACAAAGGAUACCAUUUCUUAUCCAAUGUCUGUCCUUAGAGGCUUGGUAACUGAAGGUUCCAACUUGCUCCUAAUGCGGAUCCUUGCUCUCAGGAAGAAGGUUCCAGAGAACAUUAAUUUCAUCACCUUUGACCAAGAAUUACACAUCACCCGCACCACCUACAGUGAGCUUGGUCCAAAGAAGAUGGAAGUCGGGUGUGAGAUGAUCGAGGUAUUUGGGGUGGAAAGAACAGUUGACUCUCUGGAGGAAAUCCCUGCUUCCUGGCAGUCCUACUUCCUACCUGAUGGGCAUCUGGCCAGCAGGGUGCAGGUGGGGUCACCAGCCACCAUGAGGCUUCUGCGGCUUCCAGCAGAGCUGGAAAAUGAUGAUGACAAACCAGUCUUUGUGAGGAGGCCGCUGGUUUGGGAAGAGGACAUGCAGAUGCGCUCUAAAUUCCUGGACAGAAAGGCGGAACUUGAAGCGGACCAUGCCUCAUACUUGAGACAGGAUCCACACCUCCGUGCCCUCAUGGCUGACUUCAUGCAGUUCAUGUUGCUAAAGAAACCAGACGACAUCUUCCGGUUUGCCAGAGAGUACUUCCUCCCUUUUUCCUCCCGUCGCCAUCCGGGGCCAAGCUUGUAACACAUCCUCACUCUGAGAGCACGUUUGAGGUCGUAUCUCGGCCUUCAUCACGGACCCUUCUGUUUUCACAUCCUUCACUUACAUAUUAUUAAGCUUAGAUGAAACAGCUUUGACACGUUCAAACUCUUGUCCUUUAUAC